AUGAAGAAACAGAAAAGUAAAAGAAGGGUUCUGGGUCUAAUGUGCGAUAGUAAACAAGCACUACUGGGACCCUACAUCAGCGCUCUUGGCGCGACCGACCGCCGGGUGGCCUCGCUUAAGUCUGCCGUGGUAUGCUGCAGCUUCGCUGUGUUGCUUGCCUCGCUGGCCUUCCCCCGGUCUGCCGAUGCCGCCACGGUUAAGGUGGGCUCGGACUCUGGUGCCCCAGUUUUCGUUCCGGACACCCUGACUGUCAAGCCUGGUGAGACUGUCGACUUCGUCGGUAACGCGGGCUUCCCGCAUAACGUCGUCUUUGAUUCAGUCCCGCCUGGCGUCGACGCGAAAUCCAUAUCGCGCUAUGAGCCCAUGAGCACCCACGGCGACACGCACAGCGUCAGACUGACGACCCCCGGCGAGUACAGCUACCACUGCGCGGCGCAUCAGGCUGUUGGCAUGGCUGGCAAGAUCACCGUUCAGUGA